CGAUUGUACAAAUCAACAUCCAAAUUGAACAUUUCAACAUCAACAUUUUCUCUACUUAAUUGCCUUGGAGGGAACGAACGUCCCUGCCGACCAAUUUCGACGCCUCCGAUUGUACUGCUUGUCGAUUGUGGCGAGACCACUAGCAAUCAUAUUUCGGAGCACCCGUGCCAUUGUGCCAUGUCGCAUCCUGGAGUUGGAUGGCACCUUUUUCAUCACCAACCGAAGAACAAUCCCCUCUGAACACCUAUCAAUACCAUACUUCCGCCCUCACCGGUGAAAUGGGUACGUUGCGCAAACGAACGCAUCUCGAGGCAAGCACCGAUGUCCCAGCGGACGGGCCAGCUACGGAGCCGUCGCUGCGCCAACGUAUCCGCAACAUGUGGCAGUUUGCCAACCUCGGCCAGUGGAUAUACCUGUUCGGCAAGGCUGUCAAGAUUGACGACCGCCUAGACACGGACGAACUCGAGGCUGAAUGCUUGAAACCCACUUCACCUGUUCUUCAAGACAUCGGUCUCGCCCUGCUGAAGUUCGUGUCAUCGCACCGUGGCCUCACACUCGAGAAUUUCGAUGAAUACACCCGAAGACAGUAUGUCGACAAGAAUCCCGACAGGAAUCCCUUUGGGACUGAAGAAGUUCCAGCCAAGUUUACAGACUUCGACGUAUUUACUAAGAUCCGUGUCUUGCAUCAACUGACUCAAUGGGCCAUGCUUCACCCCGAACGACUGAGGGACAGGAUGGACGAAACAAGAGAUAUAGAUCAAACUAGCUGGCGAAUUGAACCCAUGGGUUGGGAUCGCCAAGAUCGUACCUAUUUCGUCCUCGAUGAUAAUCGAGUGUAUCGAUUAAGCGAGCCUCUUGCUCAGCCACCUCUAUCGCGAAAGAAGACGAAAACUAGCCGACGCGCGCUUCGAGCCAGUAAACGGCGGCAUUCAUCGAACACGAACAAUACGGCGGACCCAGGUGGUGCUAAUUCGAACCCAUCGGAAUCAGUAUUGAGCGAUGGGAUAGAAAUUGACAAUGGCUUGGGUGGCAUGAAGUGGGAAUGCUUAGCUGUGACACUGGAAGAGGUCCACCGCGUCGUUGCAUCAUUCCAGAACACACGUGACGAGAACGAGAAGGUGCUGCGGGAUCAGCUGCAAGAACACUUGGUGCCGAUUCUUGAAAAACAAGAGGAGUCGAGGAAACGCCGGGCUUUACAACAGCAGCGGGAACUUGAGAAUCUCGCCAAAAUGGCCAACGCGAAGCGCUCAAGUCGAUUAGCUAAUAAGCAAGAGCGACAAAAACUUGAAGAACAAGCUCGAGAAGAGGAACAACGGCAAUUGGCAGAAAAAGAAGCCGCCAGGAAGGUUGAAGAAACUCGCCUCAAGCUAGAGAGAGACCGAGAAGUAAGACUGAUGUCACGAGAGAAACGAAUCAAAGAACGGGAAGCACGCCGCCGACAGUACGAAGAAGAGCUCUCCAACUUAUCAGAAGACAGUCGACGCACCGGUCAUGGCGAAGGCCGCCUAUCACAGCGUCAACUGCAUACCGAGAUAGAGAAGAACAAGCAGGCCCUCAAGCAGCUCCAGGAUGACGACGCAGAAGACGAUUGGUUAUUCGACUGCGAAUGUGGUGUGUAUGGUAGGGUCGACGAUGGGACGCACAGCAUUUCUUGCGAAAGGUGCAAUGUUUGGCAACACAGCAAGUGCGUCGGUGUCCUGGAAGCCCAGGCCGAACAGCCCCGGUUCCAUUUCGUUUGCAGUGCUUGUCUUCGGCGUGAAGAUGCUGCCAACGGGAAGCCACGACCAACCAUCAAAUUAAAAGUUAAUCGCUCAGAAGGCGCGGCCUCAGACCCUGGCCACUCCUCUCAGUCUCGGACGCUCGUUGUGGAGAUUCCGUCUUCCAACGGCGAAAAUAGGGCGGCUGUCAGGCCGGAACUGGCCCAGGAAAAAUCAGCCGCACUCUGCAGUGACGCUCCUCACGCCAAUACCGGCGUUGAUGGCCAUGGACGAGGAGGCUCGCACGAUGGCGAUAAGCCUGUCGCGAUUCAUGACACAGCAACCGACGCGCAACACGAGUCCUUUGCAUCCUCAGCCUCGUCAGGUCACAAUUCCGCCAGUAUAGCAAGACACAGCCUCAAUCCCAGAGGAAAUCAUCCUCAGGAUACCAAACCCCGCUUACUCCUAGCAUCUUCCACAGGCGAGAUAGCCCGCCCUCCCUUCACGCCUCUAGGUUCUAGUUCAGUCCAGGAACAAUCUCCGGCGGACAUGUUCGUCGAUGCCGAGUCUCCCAUAAUCAAACCUCCCCAGUAUCCUACGUAUGGUACCAGUGGUACCAGCCCAAGGAGGGAUUCCGCCAUUACUUCCUCACCCGGUGCGUGGAGUAAUAAAAGUCUCAUAGCAGCUCCCGUCCUCGGUCGGCAAGUGAGGGGAGACGCAGGGUCCACAGAGCCAGGCGUCUUGCCCCCGUCUUCCACGGGACAUUCGCCGGCGAAGCAGCCUUCUGCGCGGGAUUCUCCAACCGCAGCAUCAUUCAAGACCAGAAACAUAUCCCCGGUCUACCCUCCGACGACAACACUUGCCCCGCUUGAUCAACACCCCAUACUGACCCCUCCCACAAAGCAAGCAAGUGGUCCGCGUCAAUCUCAGGUGCCGGGCAAGUUGCACUUCUCCUAGACUGAGUCUACGUGCCUUGUCCGACGACAAAAUCACACUCGCGAUUUCCGGCAUGUGGAGAAGGGGUCCAUCCGCGAAGUGAUCUUGCUGCUGCUUAGCUUCAGACCUCCUUACAGCAGGGGCUACGAAAAGUUGUGCUUGGUCUUGAUGGAAGUGGGAGGGGAGGGAAUAGUGCAAUAUUGCUAGCUAUCCCCGUGAAGGCUAGCAGCAGACUUUACGCCGGACGGUGUGCAGACAGACGGCCAUAUCCCUCUUCGUUGGAGACCUCCAAUUAAUCUGAAAGACGAAUGCCAAGACAAAUGGCAUUGUGGCAUAAUGAGGACAUGGGUCCUGCCUAUGUAGGCUCCGACAGGCAAGGGUUCAGCAAGGAGCCUUUACGCCGCCUGUCAUUGCCGCUGCCCCCGACCCCAGUAAUGCAGCUACGAUCUGGGG